AGAGAGAGAGAGAGCAGUCCUCCUGCAGCCUGUUAGCCCACCACCAUGGAUGUCAAACUGCUGACACUGAUGGCUCUGCUGUCCGUGGCCACAUGGGUACCAACCUCCAACGCAAAGCCCAUCAGUCUGCAAGAGAGGUGCUCUUGUCGUUCAACCCUGAACACGGUUCCUGAGCACUCCGUCAAAGCGCUCAAGUUCCUCAACACACCAAACUGCCCCUUCCAAGUCAUUGCCAAGCUGAAGAACAACAGGGAGGUUUGCAUCAACCCGGAGACCAUGUGGCUGCAGCAGUACUUAAAGAACGGCAUUAACAAGGUGAAGAAAUCUAGAAGACUCAAUAACAAGAAAAUCUAAACAAUAAUGGAAGACAUGUCUGUUAACAGAAUCAUUUAAGCAUGCAAUAGAAGCCAUUGUGGCAUCACUCUACAAUACCACACCUACCACUCCUUUUAGUCUUUCUGAUAUUAACAAAGCUCAACACUCAAGUGGCG